AUUAGAGAAAGCACUAAAAGACUGUAUAAAAAGGCAAAAAUCGAAGAAAAAGAAAGAUUCACAAAAUCAGUCUUCCGACUCCGAUUGGAAAACUGAGCAAUUGGACUUAAUGGAAAGAGAAGUCAAAAAAGGAAAAGAACGAAGCAAGGAUAUUCUUAAGAGGACAUUGCAACAAACACGAGAAUGUCGCUCUAAAGACAAAAAAAAGUUGACUGCAGGACAGAUGCUUGAAGAAUAUUCAGCAUUUAAAGUACCAGGAAUGCUCCUGUGGGAAUUUUCAGACUCGUACAAUAUCCCAAUAACAAAUUUAAGAAGAAAUUGGUUGGAUGCUCUUCCAAAACUUUUAACAUUUCUACCAUCAACAUCUAGAAUUGACGUUAAUGGACAAACGGUUCAUGUAUUACUUAAUUUACCAAAGCAGUUUCAUAUAAAAAAUAAGGAGAAUCGAAAAGACUUGUUAACAGUAUAUAAAGUAAAUACUUUACAUUUAUUUUCUUAGUAGUAUUGUUUUAAUUGAUUUAUUCAAGCCGGCGAGCGUAAGAUUAAAAAUUGGAACACAGAGCGUAACUUUGUCUGUUCUCAACCCAAUCUUGCGCUCACCGGGUUAAAUUGAAAUUUAUCAUUCAGUAAAUAAUGUGAUAAGUAAGUAAAAUAUUAAUAACACAGCCCCACAAAAAAAGAAAAGUACCCUGCGCGAAAGUCCACAGUACCAUACUACUAUGUAUUUUGAUGCGCUGAACACGAAUACGAAAUCAGAUUUGCUCCAUCACGUCAGGAUUUUUUUCUAACCUC